CCCUCCACCAACCAGCAUCUUACUACAGCCUCGACAACCCGGUCCGUCACCCUUGUAUGAUGACAUGCUGCGCUUCCUCCGCACGAUAAUGACCUCGCUCAACUCACCGACUGUGGCUCGCGUCCCGAUCCCCGCGAAUGGGGUGGACUACCGCGGCAAAAUCGUUCUCGCCCCGAUGGUGCGUAGCGGAGAGCUGCCCUCUCGCCUGCUGGCGCUCAAGUACGGUGCGGACCUAGUCUGGGGGCCUGAAACAAUCGACAAGUCGAUGAUCGGCGCGUCCCGGCGUGUCAACCCGCGCAACGGAACCAUCGAAUUCACCCGCCUGCCCUCGAACGGCGGCCGGAGUGGCCCCGCCGUGCAGGAAUCGAUCAUCUACCGACUCGACCCGGAGCGGGAAAAGGGCAAGCUCAUUUUCCAGAUGGGGACGGCAUCGCCCGAGCUCGCCGUGCAGGCGGCCAAGAUGGUGGCGGGCGAUGUGGCGGGCAUCGACGUGAACUCCGGGUGUCCCAAACCCUUCAGCACAAGUGGGGGGAUGGGAGCCGCCCUGCUGCGCACCCCGGAUAAACUGGUGGCCAUCCUGGAAGCCCUGGUGAAAGAGGUCGGCACCCCGUUCCAGAUCGGCAUCUCGGUGAAGAUCCGUCUGCUGGAGACCCCCGAAAUGACCGAGGCGUUGGUCUCCCGCCUCGUCGCGACGGGCAUCACGGGCUUGACGAUCCACUGCCGGACGACACCCAUGCGGCCGCGCGAACGCGCCAUCCGCGAACAGCUGCGCAUGAUCGCCUCGGUCUGCCGCCAGGCCGGGGUUGCGUGCGUGAUGAACGGUGACGUCGCCUCGCGCGACCAGGGACUCCAGCUCAUGGGCGAGUACGGCGUCGACGGCGCGAUGAUCGCCACCGCCGCAGAGUCCAACUCGUCGUGUUUCCGCUCCGACGCCCAGGGUGGCUUGCUCCCCUGGCGCGACGUCGUGCGCGAGUACAUCGACCUCUGCAUUCAGAGCGAGAACCGCCUGUCCAACACCAAGUACCUGCUCAACAUGCUCAUCCCGGGCAAGAGCAAGGACUUCCUCCAAGUCAAGUCUUCCAAAUGCUACACCGAUAUCUGCACUGUGUUAGGGCUCGACCAUCUCAUCCCCGCCGCCACACGGGUAGACGAGAUCCUCAACCUCGCUGGCAAGUCGGUUCUUCACAACGAGACCCGGCCCCAGGCUGUCCAGAACGCCAUGCAGGGAAAUAACGAGUCGGCUCGCGUCGCGGGCGGCGAGGCGCAGAGAGUCAAACCGACCUCUCCCCCGCCGACGAGCGGAGGUCCCAUUCGCACCAAAUCUAUCCCAACGCCUUCCAAGCCGGUCGAAUCUCUGCCCGUGGAAACCGUUUCGAAUGCCGAGCUUACAGCGUGAAGAUGGAUCUGCUGUUUGCCUUGUUUUGAUUUCUGCUUCCUUUCUCUCUCUCUCUCUCUCUGCAUAGCUGUUGGUGUUAUCUGGUGGUUUGGUUUAGAUUCCCAUAGACUCGAUUGUAUCUAUUUGAAUAUAGGUUUUAUUUCAUCUCCCUGUAAAUUCCUCCAUCUUGAUACUAUACUCAUACUAAGGGCCGG